AUGCCUCCCUCACUUCACCCUCAGGCGAAGUUCGAUCCUAUCCCACCGGAUCUAGAUCUGCAUAGUCUCGUCGACCGAAGCCCAAACUUUGACUGGGUGGUGCGCAUUUCUACCGCGCAGAUUCGACGCCUCGGUUCCUCUGGCUUUGAAAAACUGGUACAGCUACAUGUCAUUGAAGGCGGCCGGCCGCUGGUCAUAGAAGGAUGGAACAGAGUACUUCCCGAUGACUUGUUCAGCGCUGCGUGGCUCGAGGAAACGCACGACAAGAAGCAGGAGAACGUUCGUGAUAUCACAUCGCAAUCUGAUAUCCCUAUGACGACUGGUCACUACCUACGUUCCAUGCGACAACUUACGAACCAAUGGAGCCCCACGAACUACCGCGAUGAACGGCGACAGCGUCUCUACCUGAAAGAUAUCGACUGCCCUCCCGAGUGGUACAACCACCUCAAGAAAGUCAUACCGCCCAACGUGUUCUACAUGAAUGACAAUAUUAGCGAAGUGCCAGGUGCAGAUGCCCGUAACGAUGACAUCUUUGGCGCCCCAGAGAAGACUUCAGCUGUGGCAGGCGACCUGAUGAGCAGUCUUGACGAGGAUAUGCGCGCACAGAAUCUGAUGUGCUAUAUUGGCCACGAAGGCACCUUUACCCCAGCUCAUCGAGAGAUGUGCGCAAGCUUGGGCCAGAACAUUAUGGUCGAAGCAUCGGGUGAUAAGAAUGGAGAGAAGCCGGGUAGCUCUAUCUGGUUCAUGACCGAGACCAAGGACCGUGAAGUAGUUCGAGAAUACUUCCUCUCAAUGUUGGGUCAUGACAUCGAGAUCGAAAAGCACUUUGCCCAGAUCAAUGCUUGGAAGAAGGCCAACUUCCCAGUUUACGUGGUUGAACAGAAAGUUGGCGAUUUCAUCUUGGUCCCUCCCCUGGCACCUCACCAGGUCUGGAACAGAGGCACGAGGACGAUGAAAGUCGCUUGGAACCGCACAACCGUUGAGACGUUGGACCUAGCUCUUCACGAGGCUCUCCCAAAGGCGCGCCUCGUCUGCAGGGACGAGCAGUACAAGAACAAGGCCAUCAUCUACUUCACCCUCGAGAAAUACUACAAAGAGCUACAGUCACUCGAGGAAAGCUCCGAGGUCAGCUGGUUAGGGUUUGGUCAGGAGCUGAUGCAGAAUUCGUCACGGACGAAGCAGAUGGCAAGCGACUUCAAGAAACUGCUAUCCCUCUUCACUGGGAUACUCGUCGACGAGAUGUUCGCUUACAAACAAGCGGAUGUCGAGUAUGUCCCCUUUGACUCAAAUAUCACCUGUUCUUACUGCCGCUCUAAUAUCUUCAACCGGUUCUUGACUUGCAAGUGCUGCGUGCGUCUGCUGAUCAACGGCGACGAAGAUACAUACGACAUUUGCAUGGAAUGCUACGCGAUGGGCCGCUCAUGCGUUUGCAUGUCCGGCCUGCAGUGGUGCGAGCAGUGGAAAUGGUCUGACCUCGUCGAGAAGCACGAAACAUGGCGUGCCAUGGUCAUCAAGCAAGACGGGUUCGUCGAUAUCGAUCUGUCACCUCAGCCAAUCGAAAUCGCCCGCAAAAAGUCUGGCAAGAGGUCGGUGGGUCAAAUUGCCCAAGAACAGCUCCGAAAGCGACCUUGGAACGACAUCUCGAAGCCACCCGAGGUCCCCGUCGACGAGUCGGAACCCGAGCCUGAAGUCGAUGAAGAGGGUCGUGUAAAGAAGAAGCCAAAGCGGAAGCGGAAGCUCAAGAAGGGCGAUACUCACGCCUGCCACGUCUGCUGUCACCAAGAGUACACCUACAAGCUCAACUUCUGCACCACCUGCACUCAAGCCUACUGUUACGGUGUACUCUGGAGAGCCUUCGACCUAAUGCCGCAGACUGCUAUGGAGCAAGAACAUUGGCAAUGUCCCAAAUGUCUCGGCAUCUGCAAUUGCGGAUCGUGUAGGCGCAGUGGUAACACGGUUCCCUAUGUGCCCAAAAACACGCUACUAGGGCAUGACACUCGCCCUAUUGCCGAUGACCGCAGUGUCGAGUCGAUUGUCGAUUUCCGUGCAAAUAACCUCAAUUGGUUGAAGGCAGCUGGCGACGACAAUCGAAGCAAAGACAGCAAGCGCAUGCAGAAACUGAGACAACAAGCCGAUGCCGAGAAGGCCAAAGACCCACUGGCGACUAUGGAUGCGGACGACGCUCCUCACGAGAUGGACUCGGCUGUGCAGGACUCGAUUAUGAAUGGCUACGGCGACCAAAGUCACAUACGGGGUCAAGACUCAGGGGCUAAUGGCCACGUCAAUGGCCGGCCAUCCAGCUUGCAAGGCCAAGAUGACCAAGACAGGCCUGGCAGCCGGGUUGAGACUGCUGACAUGUCGGGUAUCCAGGACGGCGAAGGAGACUCGUCUUACCCUGACCCAUCUGAAUAUUCCGAUCCAUCAAUGGGUACCGGACGCAUGAUGGGUAUGGGAUUCUAUGACCAAGAUGAGAGCGCCGACAAGAUUCUGUUCGAUGUUUUCCAAAUGCCUUCAACCGAUGUUCUCAAUAAUGAGCCCCAGGUGUCCGACUUCGUCAAGAAGACACUGCGACUUGCCAAGAGAAAAGCCAGGCUCGAAAAUGACGAUGACCCUGACUUCCAAGGGCCGAGAAGUCACCAUCGCAAGAAGCCCAAGACCGGCAAUAUUGACCAACUUGUCAAUUUGGACCCGGCUUUGCUUGGCUCUCUUGGCGAACCGGGAACUUCUACACCGACUGCUCCAAGUGCUCCUGAUGCUUCCGUGGCACCUUCUUCUCACGGGGGUACGGAGGGGCAGGGGCAAGAGGCAGAGCCUUCGGAGCCUCCGGAACCAGCUCCGCGGCCUAAGCCGGCGAGGCUACCCAUCGAUCCGCUUCGACCAACGUUACGCCACGCUAAGCCCAUGACCUCGUACGUUGAUGCUGAAGAUCUCGGCGAAGAUCCUGAUGAUAUCGUCCCAGUAAGAAUCUCUGGAGACGGUGAUAACGGCGCGGCUGCAGGAUCAGAACAAGAUCCGGUUGAUCUAGCUGCGGACGCAAUACGCGCGCUGGCACAAUUUCCUUCUGGAGAAACCCCAGUACCUUCCAAGAAGACUGCGACUCCACGAUCGACUGGAACGGGGAAAAGACGAGGACGACCGCCCCGAAGCUCCCUCGGCGCCAGCACUCCGUCAGCAGCUGCAAAGGCAGCCAAGAAACCCGGUCGCCCUGCAGGUAGACCAGGACGACCACCACGACGAUCGACCCUUAGCAAUGUUGAGACUAACGGAGACACUACCGUGGAGGAUGUCGAAGACACCACGAUGGAGGAUGCUGAUAACGGCGAGAAUGGGGAAGACGUCACAGUGGAUGAGCUCGAGGCUCAACUAGCGCGAGAACUCGGGUCUGCUCAGGAGCGCGACGAAGACUUCCAGCCAGCACCUGUCUCGUCUCGUGGCGGGUCGAAGAAGCGAAGAGGUCGUCCCCCAGGACCCCGAGCCUCUAGAAGCGCGGCCCGGGUGUCGUCAGAAGUACAGCCAGAGUCAGAGCAAGAGCCGGUAGAUACCGAAGUCCCCGAGCCGCCACAAGACUUGAGUCGAUUGUCCAUGAGAGAGCGUAUGGCGCUCAAAGGCAAGAAGAUUCGAAUAGGUCAGCGGAAACGACCGGAUGGACAACCAGCCACUCCGGCCACCAAUGCGCCAAAUGCAACUUCUGUGAGUGGCAGUCGGACCAGUACCCCGUCUCGAAAUUUGGAUGCACCCAAGGCCGAACCGACCUCUAAGCAUGGUCGUGGCGAACUUCUCGACGAUGCAUUUGAGCCUCCAGUGGCAGAAGUCUCGUCAUCAUCCAGCUCAGAGUCAGAUCAAGGCGUGGCGGCAGCGCCCCCGCCCGCUACGAAGCCAGGCGGUCCAACAGUCGUCAGACUUAGCUUCUCCGACGAUGAUAGCGACAGCGAUUCGGGAUCCGACAUUAGUAAUGGUGAUGGUGGCCCGGCAAGGCACUUUGGCGCGACGCGUGGAAGAGGACGGGGUAGAGGAAGAGGCGGUCGAAUGGCUACGCGUGGUCGAGCGUAA